AGCUACCAACCCAAAGGCCAAGGAAUAAUUUCGUACGCAGUCGGUAAAUUAUAUUUACUACUAAUAUUUUGCUACUGUUUUGACAAAUAAUAAAAGACCUAGUCUUUUACUGCAUUUUUCACUAGAUUUACUACUCGGCCGACCUGUGGAAUACUUUGGCAUGCCCUUAAAUAUAGUGGAAGUGUUAUGCUAAUGGACACUUGACGUAUAGUGGAUAUAGAACAAAAAUAUGGUCGUGCGUUUCGCCUGAAGAGAUAAGUGGUGAUGUGUGAACAAACCGAAAUUAAUUAUUUGGACGGGGACGUGGUAUGGGUGAAACUUGGGUCGUGUUGGUGGCCCGGCGAGGUGGUGGGGCCGGAGAGGCUGCCCCCAGAUGUCUUACCAUCAUUUCGGAAGCCCCCUAUCGCGGUCGUCAAGUUUUACCAAGAGGACACCUAUGAAUAUGUCAAGAAUAUCAACUACAUAUACAAGUACAAUUGCAGCCGCAAAAAUGAGUUUAUUAACAAAGGACUAUAUAUGUACCGAUCUAAGCCCGGCCAUAAUAUGGAGAAGUUUCCUGAAGAUGUUAUACGUGCUGAAACAGCAGUUGGAGGAGACAUAGAGAUUCUCACUCGUGAUGAGUUCCAGGAAGUGAAGAAAGAAAGUUACAAAGAAAUCUUUAUUGAUCCUGCAAAAAAGACUACUGUUUCUGGUAAAAAAGGUAAGGGCACAAGAUUAAGACAACCUAUAGAAUCUCCAAAAGCUUCCACACCAUCAAAACAGCUUUAUAAAGAAAAGUGUGAUUACAAAGUUCACAUCUUACUGCAAGGGUCAAAAGAUAAAGAAGCCACUAGUCAACCUGCAGACAGUUCUACACCUUCCACAAGUCGUGCUGGCUCCGAAGUUGCUGAAGAGAAGGAAGAAUCGCCAAAGGUAGAAACUUCUGUGCCUGUGACACCAACUAAAUCUUCUAUGCCCUCAACUCCUGUGGCAUCUAGUUCAGGUUGUUAUUCAUGCCCAUCUUGUAAUUUUAGUACCACACGCCUAAACGUUUUAAUUAUGCAUAAUAAAACACAUAGUGUAACUUAUAUGCCAUACACACCAUCCCCGGUACGCAAAAAACCUGUUGCGAAGCCUGUUAAGUCUCCACCUAAGUUGUCUAAAACACCUAAAAUCCCACGACCGCGAAAAGACAAAUCAGAUAAAUACCCUAAAAAGUCGCAGGGUAAAAAACGCACGACAGAUGACAAAGUUGAAACUAAGAACGUCAAAAAACCUAAGACAGAUGAAGAAAUCAAAAGCAGUCUUUUAGCUGACUGGGACGAUGCUGACGAAGAUUCAAAUGAUGAAUCCCCAGGAUUAUUGUUGUCUCGAUCUCCCGAAAUUCCUGUGGGUGCCGAAUCUCCCGCGGCUCCUAUUCCUGCAGAAUUGCCUAGGGAUUUAACAUCACCUGUUGAGAAAAAGUUUGAAACUGAAUCUACUGACAAACCUGAGUCUUCUAGCGACUCUAAAUACGAAUUUUGUGAAGAUGAAGAUUGGCCUGAGGAGGCUGAUGCCGGUAGGAAAAUACCGCGAGUUAAAAAUCCAUCUAAACGAAAAGAAGAAACGAAGAGCCUUAGCGUAGAAGACGACAUAGAUGUGGCGAAAGAGGUUGCUGAAUUACUUAAUAAGACAACUGUUCCAGAAUUACCAAGUGUACCAGAACCCCUGAAAGUCGAGGAAAAUUUUCCUGAGCCUUCGAUCGUAAAAUCCCCUGAUAAAAAGCCUGACGCUGCUUCGGCUGAGUCUAGUCAACCAGAUAAUACUGUUACUACGACAAAGCCUACGAAAACUAUAUUUAAAACAAAAACAUUUUUUCGGAGCCGACAUUCUAGAAGCCAAGAUGCUAUAGGAAAAUACGUGGCAGAGCAGCUGAACGCUGCUGAAAGAAUGGAUUUGUCGGAGACUGAAUUAAAUGGUUCCGAAGCUGUGUCGUCGCCUGAAGCCAGGGAAUCGCCACCAGUGGAACCCGUGAAAGUGGCUCGUUUAGCUCCCAAAAUACAACUUAAGAAAAUGAAAGCUGAAGCAGCACAGAAAGAGAAAAUAGAAGCAGAGCAGUUUACUAUUGAUGUCUCUAAAUCAACAAAUGAAAACAUUGUAGACAAUUCGCAAAUUAUUCAUUCUAAACCUUUGCUUGAUGUACUGUAUCCUACUCAAGAAAUUAAACCAAUAAGCAAAGAACUGCCCGAUAAAUUACUUCAAAAUGAGGACAAUGGCGAAGAUCAAAACUGCACUGUGUUAGAUAACGUAGAAAAGAUGAAUGUUGAUACUAAUAAGGAUACAAUUGAAAGUCAAUAUAGGACAGUAGAUUCAAUUUAUCCGUCAAAUAGUACUACUAUGCCAGAGAAAUUCCUUGAAGCCAGCCCUGAGAAAGCUCCUGAAGACCAGCAGGUCGAAAUUGAACCAAUGGUAAUAGAGGAAAAUAUAACAUCAACACCCAAGAAAGGACAAUUUGAUCUCAAAAUCCGGAAUACAAAAGAGACAAAAAUAAAAUUUGUUGUUGAUGAUGAUGUGGAAAACAACAUAAGUAAAGUAGAAAAUAUUGUAAAACAAUCUACGUCUAACCCUGGAAUAUUACCAAGACUUUCUGUCUGUCCUAAGAAAUCUAGGGAUACACCUACGUUUACGGAAGAUGCCAUUAAAACAUCUCCACAAAAGUCAAAUGAUUCUUUGAAAGAGCUACCACCAUUAACAAAUUUUCAAAAACAACAAAAUUUGUUGAAGUCUUUUCAACCAUUAAUUCAGCCCUACAUGAAUGAGUCUACUGCAUCUGCAGUAGACGCUUUGUUGAGUGUUUCGCGGGAAACCGACAGAGUACCGAGAAUUGUCAGUAAUGACCUUCCUGAAGACCUAUUUGAAGAUGAUAACAAAGAAAGUGGUCCAGCUGACAACUGUAUAGGUGACAAUAUUGUUGAAGAAGUGAGUGUCAAUCAAGUUGGUAACAAAAAAAUGGAAAUAGAUCAACCCAAUGAAGUCAAUGUUGCAACAGAUAACGAAGUCUUGCAUGUCAAUAUUAUACAGAAAGGCUUGACAGACGAUGCCACAAAUCUUAACGAAAACGUGGUUACUGACGUCGUAUCAGAUAUUGUCAAAGAUAAUUUGCCAUCUGAAUCUGAUCUUCAGAUAGCAGAAACGCUCAUUAAUUUGCCUUCAUCUGCUAUUCAAAAUAACGCCACGGAACAUGAGGACAUUGUUAAUGUACCCAACUUUGUUGAAAACGAAGAGAUUGUAGAAGAAAUUGUUCCUGCUAGUGACAAUGUUGUCAAUAGUAAUAUUUUUGAAGCAAAAGUUGUUGAUACUGCUGAACUUGAGACCGAAUCGCCACUAAUACCAAAUAAUAAAAACUUAAAUAUUCGGUUCGAAACUGAACAAGAGAAAAGUGAAAACCUUAAUGCUGCCCAAUCGUUAGUGCAGAUGUCGGAGUCUAUGGACCAUAAAAUUAACAUAGCAGAAACUAAAGUUAUAAAGAAAAAGGAUCUGCCCAGUCCAACUAUUAAAACCAAGCAAAAUAACGGUUUGGAUAAAACCGUUGAGCAGAAAGUAGCUUUGUUGUCUACUGAGAACAGCAGUGAUCCAUCAACCAUUAAAAGUCCGAAAUUCGAGACUACGUCGUCUAAAUUGUUAAAAAUUUUGGAAGAACCUCCUACAGUCAAAGUUCCCGUCAAUAAAACAGCACCCAUAAAACAAACCACUCCUGUCAAACAAGUGGUAGUUUCAGGCAAAGAAAAAAUUUUGAAUUUUGACGUUGCUAAAUCGUCAAUGAAAGGUAAACCUCAGACUACAAAGCAGAAAAUCAUCAUCCGACGCACUGGGCCUCCGAAAAACUUGAUGAAUAUUAAUAAUUUGAGUGAAGUAGUUGCAUCACCGGACAAAAUUAUUCUAUCACGCAGUAACAUGGCAGCACAAGAUGGCUCGUCAGUACAAACAUUUACAAUUCAAGCAUCGCCUGACGUUCAAACAGAUCCUAAACAAAUUAUAAUACAACCCAAAAUUCGGAAAAUAACUAAAACCGCGACAAAGCCACACAAAAUAAAACCCCAAGAAUCACUUGUAGUGCAACCAACCGAGUCUAAAAUUAUGGUAAAUAAUACCUCUGCCGUGAAUGAACCUAUGUUUGACAUAAAUUCAAUGCCUGUUGUGUUAUCUGAUGACAUUUUAACUCCAGAGAGUAUAGAAAAAAUGCCAAUCGUGAUGUCAGACGGAAAUCUAAUUACAACUAAUCCGCCAAAUCCGCCUAAACUUAUAAAAACCAAGCCUUCUAUAAUUGAAAACGAAAAGAUUACGAUAAGUCCCCCAAGCAAACCUGAAGUUAAAACGUUGCUAAUGAAUACCAGUAGCGAUAUGAAGUCUAAUACUCCGAACAUCCUUUCAAAGUCAUCUAAAUUGAGAGCCGCCAAACCAAUGUUAGUCAUCGAUAAAGCUACUGGUAAGCAAAAAAUUAUUAUGACGAAGAGCGAACCGAUUGUUAAAGAAAUCAAACCAGCUGCUACAUUAAUACAACAAGUGCCUCAGACCGCAGCUAAGACUGAGAAAUUUAUAAUUUUACCAACAACUAGUUCACCUCGAACGACAGGCCGAACUCAAAAAAUUGUAAUAGACCCACAGACUGGGAAAGCACAUGUUCUUGUAACUAAGGGACAAGAACCAGCGCUUAGUGUAGCUGAAAAUAAACCGGUGUCUGCCAAACUUAUACAAUCUUCGUCAGAUACCGCCAAUCCUGGAAACACUGUAAUGAUUAUAACUAAUGCGCAAGGAGCUCAAUCUCGGAUAGUUCUUACUCCCGAACAUGAAAAAAUUCUAUUUCCGAAUAAACAACAACCUAAUGUAUCACAAUUAAAAACGAUUACUCAAAGAAUAUCUACAAACACACCAGUAGCUCCUAAGACUAUUGUAUCUACCACACAUGUGAAAGCACAAACCAAGAUCGUACCUAAACAACAAAAGAGCGCCAUAAUUACGUCGAAAGGACAAUUAAUUGUUGGUGGCCGUGUUGCAACCGCGACUCAAAAUAUCGCCCCAAUGCCUGAAAUAAGACCAGCUCUCAAACCGGUACCAAAACGGAUAGUGGCAUCUGAGCCUAAAAAGCUGGUUCAAGCUAUUCAGAAAACAACAUCGGAACCUUUAAUAUUCCUACAACAGAAAUCAGGAGCAGUGAUGCAAUUAACAGCUGCCCAAUUUGAGCAUCUACAAAGGACAGGGCAGAUUGUGCAGAAAGUUACAGCACCUGUACAAGAAAACAAAAUUAUGCAAAAGUCCAUUACUAUAUCUCCUAAGGAGCCUAUUAUCCAACCUGUGAUUCAAAAACAAAGAGUACGGAAGUCUGUUACAGCUUCGCCAUCGCCGGCAAAAAAAGUGAAACAAGAAAUCGCUAUAGCUCCUGCUCCGGCGCAUAUUCCCACACCAGUACUAUUGCCAACGCCCACUCCAGUCGUAACACCUACCCCUUCAGUACCAUUGCCACCUUUAACAUCUUUGUCUAAUACUACACUGACUGCAACUGCAUCGAUCUCGAACAAUGUACCAGCAGUUUCCAACACAGUGUCUGUUUCGACCACCCAGAACUACACCGAACUAGAUAACUUUGAAGAACUUCUGCCUUCUACGGCAAUUGCACGACAGUCGGAGCCGACCAUUGUAGUUCCACAACCUGAACCAGCGAUGGCACAGGUCGAGCCAGUUGCAGAACCUCCUCAAGCGCAACUUUCAGACGGGCAACUGCUGGCAGUGCCCGGAGAGAACUUUGGAGGACCACCAGGCUCUUUCUAUCUGUGUGUUGAAGAUAACGGAACCCUGACGCCCAUCGAUAACAGACCUCUGGUUCUAGAAAAUAAUCAACUUGUUCCAAUGACUAUAGAACCAGCACCGGUAUUUGCGCCUCAACCUGAGCGUAGAGACAUACUAGAAGCGGCGCUGGCCAACAGCGACGUUUUUCACGCUGACACAUCACGAGACGAGGCACCCGAUUUCAGAGAUUUAAACGCUAAUGUAUCGGUGCAUUGCCGCGUGUCGGAAACUAGUACAACUUUAAAUCAGCCCAUUAUGACACCAGUCGAGGUACCCACGAAAGCAGUCAGCGAACCGACUACGGUGCCUUCAAAUCUGGAAGACGGCCUCGCUGUGAUCGGCGUCACCCCACAAACGGUACCGACAUCCUUAGAGUUACCGAUCACAGUGACGGACCCACGAAUAGCUCCCAAAACGACCGACCCCUUAAGCAAUUCCAACUAUGCAACGUCACUGCUAACCUCGCCGAACACGGAGAUGGAUUUCACUGCCAACGAGGAAGCGGAGGUCGCAGGACCGAUAUCGAUGCCACUACUCACAGACGAGGAGACUGUCGGUAAGUCAAUGCCCAUUUUGACAGACGACGUGGCGGAGAGGACGGUGUCGAGUGUAGAGUCGACGGUGGGGUCGCCGUCAUCCAUUGAAGUACGCGAGUCGGAAGCAGAAGAAGGUGCAACGUGGGCGGGCGCGCGUCGUCUGCUCACGCCCGGAUCAGAUACUUCUGAAAACUCCGCCGAAAUACCGCUGCAGCCCGCUAUACAGCUCUCAGUCAACGAUCUUUCUCGUCACAGCUAAAUUUCUAAUCGGUGUGGCGAAAAUUCAUCGUGAAAAUUUUAUUUAUUAUUUAUAGAUAAGCAGAUUACGAUAUUACGAAACGUGCAAUAGAGUUAAGUUUUACUGAAUUUUGCAGUAGGUAUCUUGUAGCUUUUCAUAGCGGUUUCGAAAGGCUUUAUGUCGUUACUGAAAGUGCUGGAUGGGGUUCGAUAAAUUGAUGUUGAGAUGUUGUUGGUGAGGUAUGGUAGUGUAAUCCAGCGUUGUAAACGUACGCCGUUAGUUGAACGUGUAAAUAUAAAGUAUAGGAGGCGAGUAUUGUAACACCUUCUCUUAAGUCGUGUUUGAGUUGAAUACACAUGUAGAUUUAUUAAUAAUGCAUACGGUAAAGAAUAUUUAGUUUAAGAAUUUACUAUUGUAAAUUUUAAUUGAGUUAUGAUAUUGUUGGAUCGUAUAUUCUGUAAUAUAUUAAAAUCUAGUUAUAACGAUAUUUUUUAUAAUGUCUAUCAUGUACUAUGGAAUAGUGAUUGUGUACAAUGUAGUGUACAUGGACGUUAGUGCUACUGCCACAGAAGAGGGUAUUGUGUUUCGCUACUUAGGUACACACGAAUGAAGUCACCGUACUGUACGCGAAAUCAUCGGUCGCUAAAACUGUAACAGACUAUAUUAAUAUCAUAAUUUAGCAUUAAUGUUAAGUACAAUAUUGAUGAAGUAACUUUUAAUGUAUGUCGAAGGCGCAUAUUGAUUUGUUUGAGUGAUCUACUGACGGAAUCUAGAUC